GUGAAGAGUCCAAGACAGUGGAUGGAACAAAAACAUUGAAAUGUAAGGAGAUGGAAAACUACUGUCCAGAAGUGACGCAACUGCCCAUUACGCCUCUGAAAGCCGCUGAUGCGAGCACGAAAAUCCCAAGAAAUCUCGGUGCCUCGCUACUAGUUCGCGACUACUGCGCCACUGGGUACACAGCUGGCAACCCAGCAGGAGACACGCUGCUUUGUGCUGCUGACGGCUACACGAGAGGCAAGUGGCAAGUCAGCAGCACUCUAGGUUCGUUUCGACAUGGGGCGGCUUAUCAGUGCUCAAAAAUCGCUCAUUGGUGUCCAUCAGUCGAAGACGCGCACAAAAACGUGGUGAAGUCUGGCCCCGUCGCGACCACAGGCGUG